AUGAAUGGAAAUGAAGAAGAGGAAGAGCCUUUACUAGAUGAAUGUAAUAGGGCGGAAUUUAUGCUUGAAGAACAGAAACCAUAUAAAAAUGUUGCUCUUUUUAUAAGCUUAAAUUUGUUAUUUUUUGAAACUACAGCUGAAAAAAAUAACAAUUUCAGCGAAGGACAUCAACAAGUUCAUAUUUCGUUAGCUAAAGACUACCAAUCAUUAAUGGUAUCAUGGGUAACAUUUUUUGAUUUAUCUGCAAUGAAUAAAACACCAACAGUUGCAUAUGGAGUUAAUAAUAAAACUUUAAAUUUAACUAAAUCAGGUUCUACAGAAGUAUUUAAACAUAUGACAGGAAAUAUUACACGUUAUUUUCAUAAAGUUAUUUUAACUGAUUUAUCAUUUGACACUACCUAUUAUUAUAAAGUGGGUGAUGGUUCUACAUGGAGUAAAAUAUUUCAUUUUCAUACAUUUCCUUCUAAUUCUAAUAAUGAUAUAAAAAUAUGUGUACUUGGUGAUAUGGAUGCUGGAAAAAAUUUUACAAUCAUUGCUCUUACAAAAGCUGUUAGUGAAAAAAAAUGUCAAUUAAUUUUACAUAUUGGUGAUAUUGCUUAUCAACUACAAAAAGAUGAUGGUUUAAUUGGUGAUGAUUUUAUGAGACAAAUAGAACCAAUUGCAGCAUAUGUACCUUAUAUGGUUAUAGAUGGAAAUCACGAAUUUGACUGUUAUGGUUUUUCACAUUAUGAAAAAAGAUUUGCUAUGCCAAUUGAAGCUAAUAAAACAUCUGAUCUGGAUCAUUAUUAUUCAUUUACUAUAGGUCCAAUAAAUUUUAUUGCUCUCUCAUCUGAAAUUUAUGGUUUUUAUGCUGUUUAUGGACCUGAUCCUAUAAAAAGGCAAGGUAAAUGGUUAAAAAAUGAAUUAGAAAGAAUUAAAAAAGAUAAGGAAAACCAUCCAUGGACAAUUGCUUAUCUUCAUCGACCAUUAUAUUGCUAUACAAAAUAUCAUGUUGAUGAAUGUAAUGAAUAUGAAAAUUCAAUGAUACGAAGAGGUUACAACGAUAUGCCUGGUCUUGAAGAAUAUUUCCACGAUUAUAAUGUAGAUUUAGUGUUUUAUGGACAUGAACAUAUUUAUCAAAGAAAUUAUCCUGUUUAUAAUAGAACAGUUUAUGAAUAUAAAGAUAAUAUAUAUCAUAAUCCACCAGCAACAACAUAUGUUUUAUCGGGCUCUGGUGGCUGUCUACGCUGUACUGUUGAAGAUGAAGUAGAUAAUAACACAGUAUUACCUUUUGGUGUUUUUAGUUCUAAUCAAAUUGGAUAUACCUUAGUUCAUGUUUUAAAUUUUACUCAUAUAAAUGUUUCACAUAUAAGUUCAAAAGAUGAUCAUAUUAUUGACUCUUUUACAAUAGUCAAAGAUAUUGGUUACACUAUGGAUAAAAAAACAAAUGAUACACCAAAAGGUAUUUAUAAACCAUUUGAAUUGAGUAAACCAAAUUAUCCAUAUUUGAAGCCUACAAAUAUAUUACUUUGGUGUCUCGAUAAUACCAACAUGUCUCUAUAUGAAGAUAGAUUAAUUCAAAAUAGAAGUACCACUAAAAAAAUUACUAUUCAUAUUAAUGAAAGUGCUACUUCAAGGUAUCCUUCAAUUUCAAUAUUAUAUUUUGCAGGUGUAGUAAUUAUUUGUGCAAUAUUAAAUAUGUAA